GAAAUCCUGUAGUAGCGUUAACUAGCGCUAGCUUCAUCCUGGUAGGCUAUCGGGUAGUGGACGUUUCUGGAGGCUUUUACAACACUUUAGUUCGUUAGAGACACACGCAAAAGGCCGAACUGCUUCACACCACAUCUCUUCAAACAUGACGAAGCACGAGUUUGAGGUCGCCAUGACGUGUGAGGGAUGCUCCGGAGCUGUGACCAGAAUCCUCAACAAGGUGGAUGGUGUGAAGUUCGAGAUCGAUCUUCCCAAGAAACUGGUUUGGAUCGAGUCCGACAGAGAUGUGGAAUUUCUGACAAAGACACUGGAGAAAUGUGGGAAGGAGGUCAAGUACAACGGCACUAAAUGAAGGAGCCUGCUUCUCGUAGAACAGGAAAUGAUUGCUGCUUAUGUGAAGUGAACAUUCAUGCUGGAGUUCAAGUUCUUCAGGACGAGUUUGAUGGGCCAACCCCUCCCCCCUUCUAGCACGCACAAAAAUCCCCAUGGAUGCUGAUCCUUAAGAUUUAUGAAGACAGAAAUGGCAAACAUGUUUGGAGUAGGACAACAAAAACCUAUUGAUCAAGGCUUCAGCACUUAGUGUGUGAAAAGAAAAAGCAAAAAAGAAAGGUGAAAAAGUUUUGAUGCUCUUGUUUUCGUUCUGUCAUGGUGGUUUGGAAUGAAUUAUCAAUCGUAAAAGUAUUUUCAAGCUUGCCUCUUUUCAGUUUACUGAUUCACAUAGAGAUAGUUUUUAAAUAUCUGCCUAUCUUUGAAUGUUGAGCACUUAUUUUGUUUUACUUUCAUGCAUCUUUGUUUGUUAUGCAAAUGCUUAAAACAUCCAUUUGAGUUUAAAUGCCACAUCCAAUCUGCAAAACAAGACACUAUAAAAAGACACUAUAAAUCUCUGUAAGUUAAGUUAGAGUACAUUCCCUGAAUUGUAAAACAAACAGCAGAUAAUUGGCUGUGUUUGCACCUCGAUAUUUUUGCAUUUGAUAGGAUUAAAACCUCCGUCCAUCCCUCCCUGCUUCUAUCAGGGACCAUCUGCUGGACCUGAACUUGUAAAACUUCCUCCUCUGAGCUUCAUCAUGAUUUACUAUUAUCCACAAGUAUCACAGGUCAAAUUUAUUACAUUUAUUAAGAUUCACUGACACUUUUCUUUGAUUUCUCAUAACCUGAUUAACUGUGUCAUUUUGUUACUUCUUAUGGUAGAUGUCUUCUUCUCCUGUACUUUUGUAAUUGUCUGAUUAUUUGUUGGCACAGUGGAAAUAAAACCAGUUCUGGCUCAGAAUGACA